UUAAGGACGGCAGAGUACAGUAGGCUUGCUAUCGGACAACAUGACGACUCUCUUUCUGUUUGUGUGCCUGUUGGUGGGCUGCCUGGCUCAGAGACCCCAACCAUGCUCAUCCCCGCCUCUCAUGUCUGGAGGCCUUUUUGUGUCCACCCAAAGCGAGAAGCUGGCAGCUCUUGCUAAGUACGCCUACGAUGGCCUUGGGAGGCGAAUCCGCCUCAGCAACUUUGGGUCCUUUGACAAUAAAACAUUCCAUCUAGACGUGCUUCUGCUUUACAAACAGGGGGUGAUGUACAAGAUCAACAACCGGGACCAGACGUGCCUGAAGAGGCAUCUGAGUACGGACUUUGUCCCGCUGGCCGUUCCUAAGGAUGCCUCCCUGGUGGGUCAGGUUGUGCUGGGCAGCUCUUCAGUUCCAGGGGAGGAAAUUCUGGUUAACACCUGGACCGGGACGCUGCUGACCAAGAAGGGUCUAGCAACGUACGUGAGCACGGUUACAGAGUUUGGAUGUAUUCCUAUCAGCACCCUGUUUAGCACGGACAAGAGAGGAUGGGUGGCGGCCAGUUUCUUCAACAACGUCGUCGGCCUGGUAGACCCCCAGGAUCUCACCCCACCACCGUUCUGCAGCACUGCCCAGCUGGAGGAAGAGGAGCAAGACUCACACACUUCAUUCCUGCAGCUUCUUUAAAAA